GCGCGCCCGAAGGCGUCCCACCCUGGGCGCUCCGGCUGGAUUUAUUUGCUUGCGCGGGCGCGCGCUGCCCGGACUGGGCGGGCCGAGCGGGUUUUGACUGCUCCCCGGUUCCGGGGCGAAGAGUAGGAGAUACCGAGUGGACGCUGAUGCUUUAUUUCUGGCGUGAAGGGGCGAGGGAGCGGAAGUUUCGUGCUAAUGCUGGACAUUUGGUGAAACUUGACAAGUAUAUGCAACUGAUGGUUGAUAGCUUAGGAAAGAAUUUGAAGGAGGAUGGAUGCAAAAGCUCGAAACUGUUUGCUUCAACAUAGAGAAGCUCUGGAAAAGGACAUCAAAACAUCCUACAUCAUGGAUCGUAUGAUUAAUGAUGGAGUUUUAACAGUAUUGGAGGAGGAAAAAGUAAGAAAUGAGCCCACUCAACGGCAACGAGCAGCUCUCCUAAUUAAAAUGAUACUUAAAAAAGAUAAUUAUUCCUACAUAUCAUUCUACAAUGCUCUAAUACAUGAAGGGUAUAAAGAUCUUGCUUCCCUUCUCCAUGGUGGCAUUCCUGUUAUCUCUUCUUCCAAUGGUGGCAAAGAUUCGGUUGGUGGAAUAACUUCAUAUGUAAGGACAGUCCUGUGUGAAGGUGGAGUACCACAGAGGCCGGUGGUCUUUGUUACUAGGAAGAAGCUGGUGAAUGCAAUUCAGCAGAACCUCUUCAAACUAAAUGGUGAACCAGGAUGGGUCAUCAUAUAUGGAAUGGCAGGUUGUGGGAAGUCUGUUUUAGCUGCAGAAACUGUCCGAGAUCAUUCUUUCUUAGAUGGUUGUUUCCCAGGGGGUGUGCACUGGGUUUCAUUUGGGAAACAGGACAAGUCUGGGCUUCUGAUGAAACUGCAGAAUCUUUGCGCGCGGUUGGAUCAUGAUGAGAGUUUCUCCCAGAGGCUUCCACUCAACAUCGAAGAGGCUAAAGACCGCCUUCGCAUUCUGAUGCUGCGUAAACACCCCCGGUCUCUGUUGAUCUUGGAUGAUGUUUGGGAUCCUUGGGUACUAAAAGCUUUUGACAAUCAGUGUCAGAUUCUUAUUACAACCAGAGAUAAGAGUGUUACAGAUUCAGUAAUGGGUCCUAAAUAUGUAGUCUCUGUGGAGAGUGGCUUAGGAAAAGAAAAAGGACUUGAAAUUUUAUCCCUUUUUGUUAAUAUGAAGAAAGCAGAUUUGCCAGAACAAGCUCACAGUAUUAUAAAAGAAUGUAAAGGUUCUCCUCUUGUAGUGUCUUUAAUUGGUGCACUUUUACGUGAUUUUCCCAACCGUUGGGAUUACUACCUCAGGCAACUUCAGAAUAAGCAAUUUAAGAGAAUAAGGAAAUCUUCAUCUUAUGAUUAUGAGGCUCUGGAUGAAGCCAUGUCUAUAAGUGUUGAAAUGCUCAGAGAGGACAUCAAAGAUUAUUAUACAGAUCUUUCCAUCCUUCAGAAGGAUGUUAAGGUGCCUACAAAGGUGUUAUGUAUUCUUUGGGACAUGGAAACUGAAGAAGUUGAAGACAUACUGCAGGAGUUUGUCAAUAAGUCUCUCUUAUUCUGUGAUCGGAAUGGAAAAUCAUUUUGUUAUUAUUUACAUGAUCUUCAAGUAGAUUUCCUUAUAGAAAAGAAUCGCAACCAACUUCAGGAUCUACAUAAGAAGUUAAUCACUCAGUUCCAAAGAUAUCAUCAGCCACAUACUCUUUCACCAGAUCAAGAGGACUGUAUGUAUUGGUACAGUUUUCUGGCCUACCACAUGGCUAGUGCUAAUAUGCACAAAGAACUUUGUGCUUUAAUGUUUUCCCUGGAUUGGAUUAAAGCAAAAACUGAACUUGUAGGCCCUGCUCAUCUGAUUCAUGAAUUUGUGGAAUACAGGCAUAUAUUGGAUGAAAAGGAUUGUGGAGUCUGUGAAAAUUUCCAAGAGUUUUUAUCUUUAAAUGGACAUCUUCUUGGACGACAGCCAUUUCCUAAUAUUGUUCAGCUGGGUCUCUGUGAACCAGAAACUUCAGAAGUUUAUCAGCAAGCUAAGCUGCAGGCCAAGCAGGAGGUCGAUAACGGAAUGCUUUACCUGGAGUGGAUAAACAAAAAAAACAACAAGAAUCUUUCCCGCUUAGUUGUCCGCCCCCAUACAGAUGCUGUUUACCAUGCUUGCUUUUCUGAGGAUGGUCAAAGAAUAGCUUCUUGUGGAGUUGAUAAAACCUUACAGGUGUUCAAAGCUGAAACAGGAGAGAAACUUCUGGAAAUCAAGGCUCAUGAGGAUGAAGUGCUUUGUUGUGCAUUCUCUGCAGAUGACAGAUUCAUAGCAACCUGCUCAGUGGAUAAAAAAGUGAAGAUUUGGAAUUCUAUGACUGGGGAACUAGUACAUACCUAUGAUGAGCACACAGAGCAAGUCAAUUGCUGCCACUUUACUAACAACAGUCAUCACCUUCUCUUAGCCACUGCGUCAAGUGACUGUUUCCUCAAAUUGUGGGAUUUGAAUCAAAAAGAGUGUCGAAAUACCAUGUUUGGCCACACAAAUUCAGUCAAUCACUGCAGAUUUUCACCAGAUGAUAAGCUUUUGGCUAGUUGUUCAGCUGAUGGAACAUUAAAGCUUUGGGAUGUGAAAUCAGCAAAUGAGAAGGAAAGCAUUAAUGUGAAGCAAUUCUUCCUAAAUUCAGAGGAGCCUCAAGAAGAUAUGGAAGUGAUAGUAAAAUGUUGUUCAUGGUCUGCUGAUGGCGCUAGGAUAAUGGUGGCAGCAAAAAAUAAGAUCUUUCUUUUCAACAUUCAUGCCAGUGGCCUGUUGGCAGAAAUCCAUACAGGCCAUCAUAGCACCAUCCAGUACUGUGACUUCUCCCCACAAAAUCAUUUGGCAGUGGUGGCUUUGUCCCAGUGCUGUGUAGAGUUGUGGAACAUGGACUCUUGUUUAAAAGUGGCUGACUGCAGAGGACAUUUAAGUUGGGUUCAUUGUGUGAUGUUUUCUCCUGAUGGAUCAUCAUUUUUGACAUCUUCUGAUGACCAGACAAUCAGGCUCUGGGAGACAAAGAAAGUAUGUGAAAACUCUGCUAUAGUCUUAAAGCAAGAAAUAGAUGUCGUGUUUCAAGAAAAUGAAGUGAUGGUUCUUGCAGUUGACAAUACAAGACAUCUGCAGCUCAUUAAUGGAAAAACAGGUCAGAUUGAUUAUCUGACUGAAGCUCAAGUUAGUUGCUGUUGCUUAAGUCCACAUCUUCAGUACAUUGCAUUUGGAGGCGAAGAUGGAACCAUUGAGAUUUUAGAACUCCUAAACAACAGAAUCUUCCAAUCCAAGAUUGGGCACAAGAAGACUGUACGGCAUAUCCAGUUUACAGAUGAUGGGAAAACUCUUAUUUCAAGCUCUGAUGAUUCUUUGAUUCAGGUAUGGAAUUGGCAAGCAGAGGAAUGUGUUUUUCUACAAGCUCAUCGGGAAACAGUGAAAGACUUUAGGCUCUUGAAAAAUUCAAGACUGCUUUCCUGGUCAUUUGAUGGAACAGUGAAGGUAUGGAGUAUUAUUACUGGAAGAAUAGAAAAAGAUUUUGUCUGUCACCAAGAUACAGUACUUUCUUGUGAUAUUUCUCCUGAUGCUACGAAGUUUUCAUCUACAUCUGCUGACAAGACUGCAAAGAUUUGGAGUUUUGAACUUCUUUCCCCUCUUCAUGAAUUGAGGGGCCACAAAGGCUGUGUGCGCUGCUCUGCCUUCUCUAUGGAUAGUACCCUGUUGGCGACUGGAGAUGACAAUGGAGAAAUCAGGAUAUGGAAUGUCUCAAAUGGUGAGCUGCUUCAUUUAUGUGCUCCGGUUUUGAUAGAAGAAGGAGCUGCUACCCAUGGAGGCUGGGUGACUGAUCUUUGCUUUUCACCAGAUAGCAAAAUGCUUGUCUCUGCUGGAGGAUAUCUUAAGUGGUGGAAUGUUGACACUGGGGAAUCCUCACAGACCUUCUACACAAAUGGAACCAAUCUUAAGAAAAUACACGUGUCUCCUGACUUCAAAACAUAUGUGACUGUUGAUAAUCUUGGAUCAGAUGAGAUCAGCAGUGAAACAGAUGUUGAUAGACAAGACAAGUCCUAAGCUGGAGUCCAGGGCAGUCUGAGGUUGGUGAGAUGAAGGACCAGCACAGGAGACUGAGAAGGACCAGAAGGACCAAGAAUUGCAGCUUGCUGUGUUUGGCAUUUUAUUGUGAAGCAUCAUUAGAGGAAAGUAAAACUUCACUUGAAUA